AUGGCCUCUCAGAACAGAUCACCAUUGUUCUGCAUCCAAAUUCUCUGCUCAAUCUUUCACCUUCUAUUCUUCAAAACUCACCAAGUUUUCGCUCAAACCUCUCCUGUUUUCGCCUGUGAUGCCGAUAGUAAUCCCGGGUUGGCGAAUUUUACGUUCUGCGAUCCGUCGUCGGACGUGAACACUAGAGUGGAUGAUCUGGUGAAGAGGCUGACAUUGCAGGAGAAAAUUGGGUUCUUGGUGAGUGGUGCAGGGGAAGUGAGUAGGCUUGGAAUUCCAAAGUAUGAGUGGUGGUCUGAGGCUUUACAUGGAGUCUCUUACGACGGUCUAGGGACUCAUUUCUCCGGUGUCGUUCCGGGAGCUACUAGCUUCCCUCAGGUUAUUCUCGCGGCGGCUUCUUUCAAUGUUACUCUGUUUGAAGCCAUCGGAAAGGUGGUCUCAACUGAAGCCAGAGCAAUGUACAAUGUGGGUUUGACUGGGUUGACAUUUUGGUCCCCAAAUGUGAACAUAUUCAGAGACCCCAGAUGGGGAAGAGGCCAAGAAACUCCAGGAGAAGAUCCUCUGCUUUCAAGUAAAUAUGGAUCAGCAUACGUAAGAGGCCUUCAACAAAGAGAUGAUGGUGACAAAGAUAGGCUUAAGGUUGCUGCUUGUUGUAAACACUACACUGCCUAUGAUGUGGAUAAUUGGAAAGGAACUGACAGAUACCAUUUCAAUGCCGUGGUGACACAGCAAGAUCUGGAUGAUACAUAUCAACCCCCAUUCAAGAGCUGUGUUGUUGAUGGAAAUGUCGCCAGUGUCAUGUGUUCCUACAACCAAGUCAAUGGCAAGCCAACCUGUGGUGAUCCAGACCUCCUAACUGGGGUGAUUCGAGGCGAAUGGAAAUUAAGGGGAUACAUAGUUUCUGACUGUGAUUCAUUAAACGAGAUGUACAAUUCACAACACUACACCAAAACACCAGAGGAGACUGCAGCCACAGCUAUAUUGGCAGGGUUGGACCUCAACUGUGGAUCUUUCCUCGCCAAGAACACUGAAACUGCAGUAAAAGGGGGACUGGUAAAUGAAUCGGACAUUGACAGAGCUAUCUCGAACAAUUUUGCAACGUUGAUGAGACUUGGAUUCUUCGAUGGUGACCCGAGCAAUCAACUGUAUGGAAAACUUGGUCCAAACGACGUGUGCACCCCGAAAAACCAAGAGCUGGCCCGAGAGACCGCAAGACAAGGGAUA